AUGGCUGCUGGGCAUGUGGGCGAGGCGGCGGUGGCGCUAGACAUGCUGCGGCUGAGGCUCAUUCCGCGCGAGGCGGUGGUAGGCAAGGAGCUGCUGGCCGCAGUGGUGGCGGCCAUGGCGCGUGGGCAGUAUCUGUGGCAUGUGGGCCCACCGACGGUGCGGGCGCGGAGCGACGGCUCGGUUGAGGCGCUGCUGUUCUUUGGCGACUCGGUGGCUGAUGAAUGGGUGGCGGUGGGCAAGGCCCACGAGGCCGCGGCUGCAGUCCCCGGCACGCUGGUGGUUGCCGAGGACUCGGACGGCCUGAUCUACCUCAUCGAGGCCGCACUGCACUUGCCCGAUGGUCUUGAUCCGGAUACUGCAGCACAUCGGGUGUUCUGGGCCGACGGUGAACUGCGGAUCUUGCCGCUGGCGCCGGUCUCGCCGGCUCAAAUCGGGCUCGUCCCGGUCGGCGCGCCGACAAGCGAGGACGAGGGCGCGUCUCGGAUGCACGCACUGCUGGCGGCUGCAAAUCUUGAGCCCGUCACGAGAGCGCCUCGAGCUGCCACCGCCGCUCUGCAUGCGCGGAUUGCCAAGGCCGAGCGCGAGGCUCAGAGCGCUGAAUUCGAGGUCUGUGUCAACGCGCAGGUCGCGCUGCCGGCAGCGGUGGCACUCGCGGCGGCGCGCCAGCAGGGCGCAGACGUCAACCAGCUUGCCCAAGCUGCCCUUCUGGCGGCGUCACUUGUCUCGCCACCGGCAAGUAGUGCUACCGUUCCGAGCAAGACGCCGAAAUGGCCGGCGGCGCUGGCGCAGGCGAUUGACGACGCAGAGUCGCAGGUCUGGCUCUCGCUCCGCGUCUCCAAGCUCAACUAUGCGAGUCUGGCCUCGCAUGCAACUGACGACGGACGACCGCGUGAUGUUGCCGGUGUCGCCGACGUCCUCGGACCUGCGCUCAGCUCUGGAUUGGCAACUGUGCUUCACGAGUACGGCGUGGAAGAAGCGAGUGAGGCAGUAGCCGACUCUCCGCGAUGGCGCUCGUUUCUCACCAUCCUCACUCGUUCGGGCUACUUUACCGAUCCAAACAGUGGUGCGCCGUGGAUACAGGGCAGUGAGGGCUGGAGGUCGCAGAUGGCUGCGGCCAAAGCUGCAUUUGAAGUCGCGCCUCAAGCUGGCGGUCCGGGUACAGACCGCCCGUGUGCGCUACAGUGGGUCCGCGCCCGGCUCACCGAGUCAGCUCGUUUGAUCUCGGCAAGCGUCGCAAGCCUGGUGGACGACGGAGCCGUCGGUGAGCUCGUUGCUCAGCUGAAAGCUGUGGACCUUGCAUCCCUGCCGUCGCCCUCGUCGGACAGCUGGCUCUAUCUGGAGCCACCGGAGCUUGAAAGGUAUCUGGCAGGCGAGCUGAAAGCAUACGCAGCGUUUGACGCUGCGCAAGGUGAGGGCGGCAGCGAGCCGCUCGGCGAUGAAAACGAGAUGGCAAAUGAGAGCCUCGCGGACGAAAUGGCGACGCGUGUCCGCGCGUUUGUGGAGAGCUCGGGCGGGCCCGACGGUGCGGAAGCCGACGCUGGGCGGCACUCGCUGGCCGAUAUCGAAGCUGAACCUCGUGUUGAAGUCGACGCUGUCGCGCUCCGAACAGCGCUCCGCGACGCGCUCUCGAUGGAGAGCGGGCGCGACGACGCCGCCGUGGCCGCGUCGAUGGAGGCAAUGGAUGCCGAGCUCGCAGGCGAGGACGAGCUUGGGCGGGGCGAGGUCCACGGUGUGCUCGGAGCGGUAGGCGACGGAGCUGGCGGAGUGGCGCAGGUAGCGGCGUUGCUUGAGUCGUACGGCGAGGCAAUGGCGACAACGGGCGGGUCCGGGCCUGCAGGCUCGCUCCUCCGCGCGCUGGGCCUUGAGCGCGUCCUAGACGCCGGCUCAUAAUGUGAAAGGAAA